AUGGCGAUGUGGAGGUUGGCCAUGGCGAUGCUGGUGGUGGUGAGCACGAUGGGAGGAGGAGGAGAUGCGCGAGGACGAAGAGAAGACGAUGAGAUCCCUAUCAGGGUGCAUGCGACAUCGCCGAUGCGAGGCUGGGUCCUCGUGCGCGGCAAACUUCCCGUCUCCUUCUUCCUGUCGUACGGGAACUCUUCGAGGAGCGGAGCUUGCAGGGCUGGCAGUCAGAGGCUGUCGAUGAGGAUAAUCGUGGACGAAGAGACUUACGAGGAGGUCGACAUCAGUAAUGGUGCUGCCUACUCCAAGGUCUUUCCGGCCGACUUGAGCCCGGGUGUUCACACCAUCCGAAUCGAAGGGGCUGAGUCUACCAGGCCAUUUUUGCAGCAAGAAGAGAUCUCUUUCUCUGUCGUAGACUCCGAGGAUGACUUCCAUGACGUUCGGCAUUACGAUGAGAUCAUGGGUAGCGCUCCCACAAUUGACGACUCAAGGGGCUUCACUUCGGGUAAACCGUUGAAAGGGGUUGCGAUCCUGUAUCACAAACAGGCUCGGUUGAAGUAUGAGGAUCGGUGGAUCGAGAAGUGCAUUGAGAGCAUCUUGAAUCAGAACUAUCCCUUCUUCGACAUCGUGGAGUUGAACUAUGGAGGAGAGUAUCACUCUUUCAUGCAACAGUACCUGCAUAGACUUGAGGGCAAGCGGUAUACGUUCUUUUCAAGGGAAUUUCAGAGCCAUGCCGUAGCGAUGAACUUCCUUCUGGACUGGGUGUUUAGUGAGGACUAUGACGUGGCAUUCAAUGUCAACCUGGACGAUUACUACUCUCCUGAUCGCUUCAAGUUGCAGGCUGAGGCGGUGAUGGAGGGAGCGGAUCUGGUUUCCUCGUACUUUGUGCGGGUUGUGGAAGCAGGGGAGGGUGUGGAUGUUAUCAACACGAAGAUGAAUCCUGUGUACCUCACCGCACAAGAAUUGCUGGGCAGGGACCAUGUGAGCGAGGAGGACAUCUUCAGUCAGCUUCGAGAAGAUCACAACGUUAUCUGUCACCCUGGAGUCGCAUACUCGAGGAGCUUCUGGAAGACUCUGUCUUCGUUGAACUGCAAGCAGGGCCUUGCUGAAUCCUCACAAGACGCCCAGUGGCAUGCGCGCUCCAACACUCUGCACCAGCAUGCUCGAGUCUGUUCGGAUUCCGCCGACCUCGAGAACCUGUUCCGUCCCCUUCGCUAUCGACCUGAACUCCCAGCAGAAGACUUGAGGCUGUGGCAGCGAGCAGUGCUGAUGAGCAGCGUGAAGACCGUGAUCGUACCCCGCGUCCUCGUCUUCUACCGGAUCCAUGAGAGCCAGCUAUCCCCGUCCGACGAGGCGGUCAACGUCAAGUACAGAGCCGAUCUGACUGUCUCAGGAGCCAUGCUCAACAAGAUGAGGGUUGGGAUCCUCACCAUCUGCACCGGGAGGCAAGAGACUUACUCCGGUCGGCUGCGGUACUGCGCAUACCUGCCGGAGCACAUCAGGACUGUGAGGGAAAGAUUCGUCAGUGAGCAUCACCUUUGCUUCUUCACCUUCACGGACGACCCGAGGGGAGCGGAAGAGAUCUUCUCGCGCAUGCCCUCUCCCUCCGAAGUCAUCCCGAUUAGGGGCAGAGGGUUCCCAGCAGACACGCUCUACCGCUAUCACUACUUCCUGUCUCAGAGCUCCAAGUUGAAGACCGAAACAGACGUCGUCUUCUACCUUGAUGUUGAUGUGAUAGUGGAGAAAGGCAUUGCGGCGGCCCCUUGUUGCCAUCCGACAUAUGAUUCAAGACGGCAUGGGAACACCAGAGACAAGAACAGCUUCGAGAGCAUAUAUCGCUCCUGGUCAAGUGCUGUCCUGCUCGUGCUCGUGCUCGUGCUCGUGCUCGUGCUCGUGCUCGUGCUCGUGCUCGUGCUCGUGCUCCUGCCCCUCUGCAUUGUUUCAUUUCUCAGUCAUCGUGAUUGCUCUUUUGCAAACAGCUAUCAUCGACAUAUUCUUGACCAUCCAAUUUCAGAGCAUCUGAGGCCAUGUUACUUCGCCGGCGGCUUCAUCGGCGGGAGAACGGACGAGUUCCUUCAGAUGUCAGCAGCGAUCAGCGAGGCGAUCGACCGAGACGACGAGAACGAUGUGAUAAAUGAAUCUCUGCAGCCUAGAUUGAAGCUUGCGAUGCAGGUGGUUGCCCUCUGGCACGACGAGUCGCAUCUCAAUCGUUACCUCUCGCACCAUCCUCAACUCGUCAGGAUCCUGUCGCCUUCUUACCUCUACCCGGACGGUUGGGACAUCCCCUUCCCCCGCAGGAUUGCCGUACAGAAAAUUCCGCAUGAAGCCACGAGGUUCUCACGAGAGCGAUUCGUGUCUGUUUGCAUUCAGCAUGCCAACGGGGUCUGCAAUAUGGGAGAAAGUCUCGGUCGGAUGAUGACGGCAGUGGCGUCUGGCGUCGCACUUGCUGCUGCCCUUAAUGACGACCAGGACGAGGACGCGGGGAGGCUUCAAGUGCUGCUGCCGCUCAACUGGUGCUAUGGGGACAGCAAGGUGAUCUGCGGAGGGAACCGCUCUAAGGAGAGAUUGUCGUACAGACAUUCUUGGUUGUCAAACUUCAGACGGUCAGACAGUAUACAUGAGAUUCCCUUUCAUCUGCUCCACACGUCAAGCAUCGGGGCUGUGGGCCAGGAAGGCUCGUUUGCUAUCCCGGAGCCCUCGAUGAGGGCGGUUAGCUCUGGCAUACCAGGAGGAGUAUUCCUCAUGGAAGUCCCUCUUCAGCUUUCCCACCUGCGCAGUUCUCAUCGAGUCUGA